AUGACAUCGACCACUAACUGGGUCCCCAGGAAGAAGGUAGCCAUCAUUGGUAGUGGUUCAGCUGGAAUCGGUGCUCUCUGGGCUCUGAACCGCACUCACCAUGAUGUAUACCUCUACGAGGCGGCUGACCGCUUGGGUGGCCAUACUAAUACGGUAGUAUGGAAGAAAGGCAAAUUCACCACCUUGGUAGAUACGGGGUUUAUCGUCCUCAACGAGGCAACAUAUCCCAAUUUCAUAAACUUCCUGAAAAGGGUUAAGGUGAAAACGGUGCCUACAGAGAUGACCUUUGGCGUGUCACGGGACCGUGGAAGGUUCGAAUGGGCAGGGGCAAGCCUGGAUUCCCUAUUCUGCCAAAGGAGAAACAUCUUCUCCUUGAAGAUGUGGAGGCUGGUCUUCGAUAUCAUCCGCUUCAACCAAUUUGCCCUCGAUUUAUUGAAGGAGGAGGAGGACGUGGAUGAUUCCUAUCAUGCCUCUGGAAACGACGAAGCCUCCGCCAGGCCGAUGGAAACGAUUGGACAGUAUCUGGACAGACAAGGAUACUCGGAAGCAUUUCGCAAUGACUAUCUGAUACCCAUGACGGCGGCUGUAUGGAGUACGAGUCCUGACAAGUGCACUUUGGAGUUCCCGGCCACGACACUUGUUCGAUUUAUGUGGAAUCAUCACCUCUUGAGUACUAUUGCCACGCGACCAGCCUGGCUUACUUUAGAAGGGGGCGCGAAAUCAUACAUCGACGCAGUGGUUAGGGGGUUCCCCCCUAAUCACUUAUUCCUGAAAACCGCGGUCAAAUACAUCACCAACGAUGAAGAUGGUCAGGUCAGGCUCCAUCUGGAGAAUGGAAAAACAGAUGUGUAUGACCACGUCGUAUUGGCGACGCACGGAGAUCAAGCGUAUCAAAUCAUUAAACCCUCGGCCACUGCAGAGGAAAGUGCCAUCAUGUCCCAGUUCAAGACGUCGGAGAAUACAUGCGUUCUCCAUUCAGACCUGUCGCAUAUGCCGAGGAGGCAAAAUGCAUGGUCGGCUUGGAACUACCUCACAGUAUCAUCGCCCUGGACGCGCAGAGACAUCGACCAGAUCUCGUUGACAUACAACAUGAACAUUUUGCAACACAUUCCUCGGGAGGCGUUUGGAGACGUACUGGUGACACUAAACCCGAUCCAAGAACCGAGGCCGGAGACUGUCCAAGGCCGAUAUUCGUACUCACACCCGCUAUACAAUCCCACGGCAGUCCGAGCGCAGCAAGCCCUGCCAAGAAUACAGAACACGAGAGGGAUAAGUUACGCGGGAGCGUGGACCAAGUAUGGGUUUCACGAAGAUGGAUUCAGCAGCGGUCUACACGUAGCGCAGGCUCACCUUGGGGCCAAGCUGCCGUUCGAGUUCGUAGACUCGACGUAUAGUCGAGGAAGACGACCGAGCCUAGGGAUCGUGGACCUCUUGGUAAGGCUUAUCAUCUUGGCGAUUCAAAUAUUUGUAAUAGACGUGCUGGAGAGGGUGUUUUGUAAAAUAAAUAGGAAGGCAUCGGUACAGGCAAACGGGAAUGGGAGGGAUAGGAGGUUGAGCAUCAAGCAAAUGUAA